AUGAUGAAAUUUGCAAGGCUUGCUGGUCUUGGUUACAGUCGUGAGAAGACGGGUUGCGUGAAGAUCGGCAGGGGAGGAAGCCAGCUGCCUCAAUCUUCAUCAGCACUUCCAAGUGGUGAUAUCUCGUGGGGCUUCUUGAAGUUGGAUGCUAGCUUUGGACGCUUUCUCGUUGACAAAGUUCUUGUAGAUAAGCAUGUUGGCGAGCUUCGUCUUCAGCUUGAUGCCUGCAAGUCUGUCUUGGAAUAUAUUCAGGCCUGGAAUAUCUAUGGAGUUCGUUUCUUCGCCAAUAACAUCGGCAAGCCAGCGAAUUGUUUCGGAAGAGCACACAUUGACAUGAUCCUGGAAACUUUUCGUGGCAUUCAAUCUCGACUGUUCGGUUCUACAGAGCAUCGCGCCAGGGAAGACAACACAGCCAAUGAUAUCACGGCUACCCUACAGCAUCAGAUCAGACUCAAGUUUGGAAUGGACGUUCCUGAAGGAUACAUAUACUUUCCAACUUCACUAGGCGGCCUUGAUCUCAAAAAUCCAUUUAUCAGCCUGGGUCUUAUUCAAGACUCCAUUUACAAGAAUCCGCACUUGGCGAUGGCAAAGUUCUUCCAGGACGAAAAGGUCGACUAUGCUCGUGCUAAAGAACACUUCGAAAAGGUGAAGAUUCCAGCACGAGAAAAGCUUUCGAAGGAAGAGUUGGAGAAAGAUAAGCUUGCAAAUGAGCCUUUCAUGUCGUUUGCGGAAUUCACUCGGUACCGCGAGCAAACCUCAACUCUUCUGUACAAAGUCUAUCGGAGUCUGAUGAGGGAGCCAGUCGAACAACGUGUCGAUGCUGCACCUGCUGUCAUUGAAGCUCUUGGUCGCGAGCCAUGGGACAACCUCAAUGCUUAUCAGCAACGGGUCAUUGAGCUACACGCCGAUGAUAUCAUUCCUCGCUUCAGCGGACUGAACAUUGUUCAGCAGGGUUGGCUGCCAACUGGGAUGGUUUCGAUGUUUCGUGAGAGUCGUUUCCAGUGGAAAAGUUAA